CAGCGCCCCGGAAGAUGCGAGGCUCCUUUGCACGGAGAAAGCUGAGGUUGCCACCUCAGGCCUGGCACCACUGGGGCCUUGAUGGCCCCCCCAUCCUGGCCGGUCCCCCGCGCUGUACAGGGGCCUCCUCGCCCGCCGCCGCCGCCUCUGCUGCCGCCUCCGCCGUCGCCAAGGAGAGGACCCUGCCACCAUGCCCGACCCAACCGGCCCCCUGGCAACCUGCGCCGGCCAGUGCCACCGACUGCUCUGGGCUGCCACACACCAGUUAUGGAGGAUGAAGCCUCGGAGCCCCACCAAAGUCAAGCCCUAUCGCUAACCUGCAUGUCCAUGCCUGUAUAACACUCUCCCCGGCCACAGAAGAAAAGAAGAAAGAAAAAAGAAACCCAAGGGCCUGCACUCCCUGAUUAAACACAGCCCAGCUCCAGACAGGCACACCCGGUGGUGGCGGUGGCGGCAGCUCCUUGCACCAUUGACCUCAGGCCAGACACCUCAGCGCCGACAAUGAGAUCUCGGGCUUCCGGCUAGGUUUACCAGGGCCUAGGCAGGCAGGAAAACAGCUCCGAGGAGGGCCGGGGCCAUUUCAAGCAGUGAGACCCAAGACAGCAAAGCCAGAAUUUGACAUGACAAUUUGGACAAUCACUAGCUAUGGAGCAUUUUAGUGUGAUAUGGCUUUUUCCCCCAGAAAGCAAGUAAACCAACACCAAGCCAACAAAGAAACAAAAAGUCUGAACGAACCAGCCCUGCACAGAUGUAACAGCCUGGGAGACGGCGAGUGUGGGAGGGAGGAGUGGGGCUCCAGGACAGGUGCGAGUUCUAGGGCAGAGGCUGAAGACGGGGAGGGGACUGACGUUCUGGAAGCAAAACCACUACAUCUCCUGGAAGCUUCAUCAGGAAAAAUUAAAGUUGGCUGUGAGCUCCCGGA